CUCGAAGUUACUACUUUUCCUUCGUGUUUCUAUUCAUGCAGCUCUUCAAAUCACUCGCUGUAAGUACCGUGUACUUGAUCGCCCUUUCUGGGGUUGCUGCUGCUGACAACAGUACUGUCGUAACGACAUCUGCUGGCAACAGCAGCGCGGCGCCCUCUGGUCCUGCUGUGACUACUGCUCCGUCGCAAGGAAGCUCCCCUAAUGGUCCUACGUCUUCGCCCUCCAAUGGCACUACUGGUGGUGACAACAACGGUACUCAGACUGGUACGACACCUGUGCCUGCUGGUGAAGUUCCUGCAUGCCCUACUGGUUGGUGUCUCGACUAUCAGUUCAAUCCUGGUAACAACACAUGCAUUACGCCCGAUCCUGUCACACUGAUGGACUGCUGGGAGGAUUACUGUGCUCAGAUUGAGCCUGGUGGAUACUGUCUCGUCUGGGAGCCUGAUAGCGGUCGUGUGUGCCAUGGUGGUAUGAAGAAGUGCUAUUGUUCGGAUUAUCAGACGGAGACUGUGAAACACUACUAUCCCGAUCAAAUGCCUGAUGGAUGGUCAGCGGCUCAGCAAUGUGUGUAUGAGGGAGCUACUGGCACUACUAGGGCUCCGGCUCCUCCCCCGGUUGUUCCUGCCUCUAGCAGUGUUAGAACCGCGGUUUCAGUUGCAGGUGGCGCGGCUCUCGGAACCCUUGUUAUUGGUAACGUUCUCUGAAGUAUUAUCGGUUUCUCCUAGUUAUGUACUGCUACUAUCAAUUGACAGUAGUAUGUAUGUCUGUUAUUCUAGUUACUAUACGGUGAUCUGCGACUAUAUUCCAAGUGUUUUGUAUAACACUACUUCAUGCCUGUCUCCGAAUGUGUAAAGAUAGAAGCAUUAUCACCAUCAUUAUCGUCCUCGACGAACUCAGAAGCAUCUCGUC